AUGGUAGUUGAGAGCAGCAACUUAAAUUUUAGCACCGAGGACAGCUCCGGGACGAACCUCAGCGCUAAUGACAGUGUCCGCGACACUCUCAUGUCCAGGGAGCAGUCCGAACUCGGCAGGACAGGGCAUACAGUGGUAGCCGUGUUUCUCGGUGUCAUUUUCCUGUUGGGAUUCCUCAGCAACUUAUUCGUCCUUCUCGUCUUUGCGCGGUUUCAGGUGCUGAGGACACCCAUCAACCUCAUCCUGCUCAACAUCAGUGUGAGCGACAUGCUGGUGUGUAUCUUCGGAACUCCCUUUAGUUUUGCCGCGAGCCUCUAUGGCAGAUGGCUCAUCGGAGCCCACGGGUGCAAAUGGUACGGUUUCGCCAACUCGCUUUUCGGCAUCGUUUCUCUAGUAUCCCUGGCAAUCCUCUCCUACGAGCGCUACUCCACGAUAUUGUGUUACACAAAGGCUGACCCGUCUGACUACAAGAAGGCCUGGCUGGCCAUCGCGGGCGCCUGGCUCUACUCCUUGGUGUGGACGGUGCCACCUUUCUUUGGCUGGAGCAGCUACGGUCCAGAGGGGCCAGGCACCACGUGCUCAGUGCAGUGGCACCAGCGCUCUUCUAGGAACAUCUCCUAUGUUACCUGCCUCUUCAUCUUCUGCCUCCUGCUUCCCCUGCUACUCAUGAUGUUCUGCUAUGGGAAGAUCCUCUUUGCCAUCCGCGGGGUAGCCAAAAUCAACCAGUCGUCUGCACAGCGGCGGGAGACCCAUGUGUUGGUGAUGGUUGUCUCCAUGGUGUCCUGCUACCUGCUGUGCUGGAUGCCCUACGGGGUGGUGGCUCUGUUGGCCACCUUCGGCCAGGUUGGCCUGGUCAGCCCCACCACAAGCAUUGUCCCCUCCAUCCUUGCCAAAAGUAGCACCUUUCUCAACCCUGUCAUAUAUGGGCUUUUAAAUAACCAGUUCUACAGGUGCUUCCUGGCCUUCAUGAGCUGUGGGUCAGAGCCAGCAGACAGCCACACCCUCCACACCCUGCCCAGCAGCCGAGUGGUUGGCCCUAAUGGCAACUCUCCAGCCCCAGAGGUGCCUGGUACACGCGAGCCUCUGGACGGCAGUGGGACCUCCUCGAAGACUCAGACAUGUGGCCAGCAGAGAGAGAAACCUGACCUGGUCCUGGUUGUGCACUACACCCCUUGA